UUGUCUCUCCGUCGCGGCUGCUGCCCGAGCUUCUCCCUCCCACUGGACGCCGCUGGCCGCGCAACUCCAGUUCCCCCCCGGGCCCGGCUCCCUGCGGACCCGCCGCCUCGGAAAGGAGGGUGGCAGCACGCCCGCCUCCCUGUGGCCAGGGCCUGGGGAGGCCCUGGGCCAAGGCAACGGCCCUGCGGCCCCCCCGCCACGUGACCACUCAACCGCCGCGGGGGGCUGCUAGCGCCCCCUCCCCCGCGGGGGGGGCCCGGGGGCGGCGCCAUGGCGAGCGAGGAGAGCUACUUGGCCAUCCUGCGCUACUUGACCAACGAGCGCGAGCCGUACGCGCCGGGCACGGAGGGCAACGCUAAGCGCAAGAUCCGCAAGGCGGCCGCGUGCUACGUGGUGCGCGGCGGGACCCUGUACUACCAGCGGCGGCGGCGGGAUCAGCCGCGCUUCGCCGAGCUCGAGGUGGUGCUGCAGGCCGAGCGCCGCGAACACCUCAUCCGCGCCGCCCAUCUCGGCCCCGACGGCGCCCACCGCACACGCCUGCAGACCUGGCAGGGACUCUCGCAGCAGUACUGGUGGAGAGGUAUUCUUAAACAAGUUAAAGACUACAUUAAGGAAUGUAGUAAAUGCCAAGAAAAACUAGAUCGUUCUAGAUCCCUCACAGAUCCUUCUGAAAUGCUGGAGGAACUAGGAUUAGAUGCAAAAUUUUAUGAAGACAGUAAUGGAACAGAUGAUGAAUUGAGUAACACAGCAUCGAUCCCAGCUGCAUCCCCAAAACCUGUGAAAAAGAAGCCAAUAUCCAAACACGAGCUUGUGUUUGUUGACAGUAAAGGUCUUGUGAAGCAGUCUUCUCCAAAACACUGUCUGUCGGUCUUGAACCAACUGAACCAGCAGAGGCUUUCCAAUCAGUUUUGUGAUGUUACCCUAUUGAUUGAAGGAGAGGAGUACAAAGCACACAAAUCUGUCUUGGCAGCCAACAGUGAAUACUUCCGGGAGCUCUUCAUUGAAAAGGGAGCUGUCUCAAGUCAUGAAGCUGUAGUGGAUCUUUCAGGCUUUUGCAAGUCAAGCUUUCUCCCUUUAUUGGAAUUUGCUUAUACCUCAGAAUUAACUUUUGACUUCUGUAGCAUGGCAGAUGUUGCCUUGCUAGCCCGACAUCUCUUUAUGUCAGAGGUUUUGGAAAUAUGUGAAAAUGUGCACAAACAGAUGGAAGAGAAACAAAUCACAGUGUACCAAAAGGGAGAUAUUCACACAGUAGAGUCUAUGCAGAAUUUAACACAACAGAAUAACGUUGAGAUUCAGCCUAUGGACAGUGUUGAACAGCCUUUACCUACAGAAAUGUCAAAUAGUGAAGAAGUAGCAAUUACAAAUGGAACUUCCCCCAGUACUGGAGAAGAUGAAGUAGUGGCACUGCAGUCUGACUCUCAGACUGUAGAACCUACUGAGACUAUAACUGCUAGUCUUUCAGAGACUGGGGGGCAGUGUGAAACUACUGCAAAUGCUAUAAAACUAGAAAUGGAAGAGCGCGUUCCAAAUGACAUUGUGUCUGUCAUGCAGUCUGAGCCCUCAGCUGUGGAGGGCCUGGAUACACCCUCUCAGACAGAAAAUGGGGCUGAUCAAAAUGAGAGCAGUGAAGCAAAUGUAGAAAUUGUGUCAGAAAACUCCCUGGACAUACUUAAACCAAAACCUGGCCAGCCAUGUAAAGCCUCAGACCUUCCAGCUCCUCACCCUGAGAGUAUAGUCUCAAACCAAGAUGAUACAUACAAAAGCAAACUUCGUCAGCGUUCUGUUAGCGAAGGUGGAUAUAUCAGAUUGCAUAAAGGAAUUGAGAAAAAGUUACAGAACAGGAAGACAGCACCCAAAUCGCCAACACAGCAGGCUGCCAUGAAGUUAGUGCAAAGAGGAAAGAAAAUGAAGCAACCCAAGAGAGAUUCCACAGAGAACAGUGAGGUAGAAGCUCAGCACAAAUGUACUGAAUGUGGAAUGGUUUUUCAGCGGCGUUAUGCACUUAUAAUGCACACACUGAAACAUGAGAGAACUAAAGAGUACAAGUGCCCGCUGUGUAAAAAAGAAUUUCAAUAUGGUGCUUCUCUACGAGCUCAUCUUGUUCGGCAUACCCGAAAAAAUGAAGUGAGGACUGCAACUGCCAGCAUAGAAGAGAUGGGAAUGUCAGAAGUGAAAGGGAGAACCAAGAGGGAGUUUAUAUGUGAUAUAUGUGGAAGAACUCUACCUAAGCUUUAUUCUCUCAGAAUACAUAUGCUCAAACAUACAGGUGUAAAGCCACAUGGAUGCAAGGUUUGUGGAAAAACAUUUACUUACAAGCAUGGAUUAAAAAUGCACUUAGCUCUUCAUGAAGCACAGAAGCAGUUUAAAUGUGAAUUGUGUGAAAAGUCUUUUGUCACAAAACGGAGUCUUCAGGAACACAUGAGCAUUCAUACAGGAGAAUCUAAGUAUCUUUGCUCCAUCUGUGGGAACUCUUUUCAUAGAGCCUCCGGACUCAGUAAGCAUAUCAAGAAACACCAGCCAAAGCCUGAAGUUCGUGGAUAUCAGUGUACCCAGUGUGAUAAAAGUUUCUAUGAAGCUCGGGACCUUCGGCAACACAUGAACAAACACCUUGAUGUGAAGCCUUUCCAGUGCCAGUUCUGUGGGAAAUGUUACAGUUGGAAGAAAGACUGGUAUUCACAUGUGAAGUCCCAUUCUGUCACAGAUCCUUACAGGUGUAACAUAUGCGGCAAAGAAUUCUAUGAGAAAGCUUUGUACAGAAGGCAUGUAAAGAAGGCCACUCACGGGAAGAAAGGGAGAGCAAAACAAAAUCUGGAACGAGUAUGUGAACACUGUGGAAGAAAAUUUACCCAGCUUCGAGAGUUCAGGAGACACAUGAACAAUCAUGAAGGUGUGAAGCCUUUUGAAUGCCUGACUUGUGGAGUAGCUUGGGCUGAUGCACGUUCCUUGAAGCGCCAUGUCAGGACACAUACCGGAGAGCGACCCUACAUCUGCCCUGUGUGUAGUGAAGCUUACAUAGAUGCUCGGACGCUCCGAAAGCAUAUGACCAAGUUCCACAGAGAUUAUGUACCUUGUAAAAUAAUGCUGGAAAAGGACACCCUUCAGUUUCAUAACCAAGGGACACAGGUGGAACAUGCCAUCAGUAUAUUAGCAGCAGACAUGCAAGAACAAGAAACUGAGAUUAAUGUGGGUGGUGAGGAGAUUGAGACCGUGGUAGUGACAGGAGAAACACUUGAAGCAAUUGAAGCUGUUGCGGCGACUGAGGAAUGUACAUCAGUGUCCACCCUUUCUGACCAAAGUAUCAUGCAGGUAGUAAAUUAUGUAUUGGCACAACAGCAAGGACAAAAAAUGGCUGAGGUCACACAAGCCAUUGAAACUGUAGAAGUAGAAGUGGCCCAUGUUACAGAGACAGAGUGAACGCAGUUUGUAAUGGAAAACAAGAAGUGCAUGUGGCAUUAUGACAUGUAAUGAGCUAAAUAUUAAUUGAAUAUUUGAGGCUUAUAAUAAGAGAGUAACUUUCAGACACUGAAUUGCUAUGUUGAAUAUCUUGGUUGCGAAAUGGUAUUGAUCCAAGUAUCACAAAAAGAAGAAAAAACACCCUCCCAGAACAAAGCAAAACAAAAAAACCCCCAAACCCCAGAUAUUUCAGUGUGUGGACCAAGGGUUUGAAGACUAAGAUUUCUGCACUGGUCAUAGUCAAUGAGUACAAAAAAGGUCUAAAAAUAAAAUGUUUCCUGUGUAAUGGCAGUUAGUAACAUGUAAUUUUUUAAUUAACUUUUACAAUGAAAUUGUGCUAAAAAAUUAGUACUGUACAACUCUUUCGCUAGCUUUUUGCCUUUGUUUUAAUGCAUUUCAUCAGGGUCAAUGAAUGGUUUUUCAGUGGCAGGUUCUGUCCUCUCUUUUUACUCCCCAGAUCAGGGGAUGUUAGACUGCACCAUGAAGUGUGCACUACUCCCUGGGAAGGGCUGAAGUGUUGUGUUUGGGUUCGUUUGCCUUGGGGAGACCUGAUAAUUGUGUAUAAAUCUAUAAAGUGUAUCCAGGAAUUUUGCAAAAUUAGCCUAAAUUAUUGAAGUUGGUGUGUAACAGGUUGUACACCUAAAGAUUCUGCAAACAAUAGUUUGUGAGAGUUCAAGCCAGGCAGUGAUAAUGAGCUCCUUAGUUCCAGUGAAGAGCAGUUAAUUGCAUGAGUACAGUAGGAUAUAACUGCUCUUCACUUAUUAUAAGGGAAUUAUUCUAUUACUUAAUUGUGUUAACAAAGUGCUCCUCUGUUUUGUUUGUUGUGCCCGAGGCAGGCAAACUAUGGUGGAUGUAGAUAAAGUCUAAACUUUGUAUUCAGUUUAACAGAAAUUUCCACAGAGAAAACAGUUAAAUGUAAUUGGUAUUUUUUUUGGCAAUGGUGUAAAAAAUAUGCUGAAGAAAUUUAAACUACUUCUGAUCUGGUUUUCACCCAGUUGUGGCUAAUUGAUCUCAUUGGACACUUGGGACUUCUGGCAUGAGAGAAGGGCCAGGUUAGAACUGAGUUGAAUAAGUUUUGUGAUAUAUCACACACAUCAGAUUUGUUACAGUCUGGCUGAAAAUCUCCAAAGGACUUAUUGCAGUGCAGUUAAAUGAAAACUCUGUCAGGGCAGGUUCCUAACCAUUACACGUUGCAUCACCUUUCUGUAUCAAGGAUAUAUUAAACUGAAGGGAAGGUGUUUUAAUGUUAUAGAAAUUCUAUGCAAUAUUUUUGCUGGUAUCUCUUCAUGAACUGAAUCCUUAUAGCUUUGUCGGAAGCACAAGCUUCUUUUGUCUAGCAUUUGCAUCUAUUUUUCAUGCUUGCUAAAAUUACUGUCAUGGUCAGUAAUGCUUGCCUGUCUGUUUCAUUUGUAUUAAGCAGUGUUAUGUGCUCGGUAUGUCUGAAGCUUACUUUUUAGUAAAGCAUUGCUAUAAGGAGAAGGCAACAGAACUAUAAAGCAUUUGAGUGAAAUGUGUGGUUUAUCACUGAGCGCUAAGGUACAGCCGGAGAAAAAAAGUGAAUUUGGCAUAUGCUUGAAGAGGGCUGACUUUGUCUUGCCUUUUGAAUUAGCUCUAUACAUUCAUUUCAGCCUGAGCGGUGUUACAAUAUACUCUGUCUGCAAAAUGCAAAUUGAUAGCAUUUAGGUCGGGGACUAAAGCAGACUUAAGAGUCUAGGGACAGUUUGUUCAAAGAUGUAGUAUUAGAAGCAUCUAUAAAAGAUUGCUCCAAAAGAAGCCAAAACCACUAGCCCCUGCUAGAUAGUCUCACAAGGUUGAUUAUAUAGCAACUUUCUGGAUCAACCCACAAGACUGGUUUUCUCUCUCUGUCAAACAAAAUGUGGAGCAAAAUCCUUGUCAAAGUGGCUGGCUCAUUUGAAUUAGUGUUUCUGUAAAUACUCUACUUCACUUAACCAGUUGAACAUCUCAGUUUACUAAGCUGUAAAGACCAUUGCUCUAGAUUUCAUAGGCAUGUAAACUGCUGUUAGAAAUGUUUCUCUCUCAAAAGCAAUAACUAAUUUUAAUCUGAAUUCCUGCCUUGGUUCAAAAUUGAGCUGUAGGUCACUGUAUUCCAAAGGUCAGAAUGUCUUCUAACAGAGCAAAAAACAUAGUCUACUACUUGCAUACGUCUUGCAGCCUCCUUUAGAAUUGUGGCUAUCUCUAAAUAUGGAGUAAAACCAGAAUAAAAUGUAUACUUGAAAAAAUACUGCUAGCUGUAGUUACUGAAGAUUUGUGUGCACAGAAACAUUAUGGACAUGCACUGGGGAGCUAUUUGUCCAUUUUGUUAUCAACUGAAAACAGGUAAGCAUAAUACUUCUUAUAGCCAUUAUAAUGUGAAAAAGAUUUUACUAGCUUGUUAGGUAAACUUUAAAACUUGUUCAAUAUUUGUAACUUGCAUACAAUUAUGUAUUGACAAUGUGGUGAGGAAGCAUUCAGGAAAACCCCUUGUAAAUAUUGCUAGAUUUGCAGUUGUAUAUUUAGUGUGUUCUCUUACAAAACAAUACUGUUAGUACCUUAAUUCUUGGGUGCAUUUAUUUAUUUAUCUGCCCAACCUACGGGCAAGGAGGAAAAAGAGUUGUUAAUUUCAGUUUAAAACGUUAAUAUCUACUCUAAACAUGAAACUGGAUGAAUUGGUUUUAUUAACCUGCCAAUCAAAUAAUAACAUUACAAAAAAGUUGUCCCACAAACAAAAUCAAGCCAGGAAUAUCAGUGAUAAUUAUGCCCUUUUCACAACACAUGUUAUUGUGCCUUACUUUUUUCAGGAUGGCAUGAGGUAAGAAGGGAAUGUUAUUCUUAGCUUUGCUCUUCCUGGAUUUGUGAGGUUGCCUUAACUUUUUUUCAAAAUACAGUUCUUAAGAGUGCAAAAGGCUCAGCAGAGUUUGUGAUGUCAGACUGUACACGUGCAGCUGAGAUUGUAGAAGGUAAAUUUCUUUUUUAAUGGGGCUCAUGAGAAACAGUCCAUUUAUAAUGUAUUCCUACAAAGCUCCUGUGAAUAUAAUGGAUUUGAACAUUCCGCUGUUCUGUUUGGUGUUAGAUGUAUAAAGUUACGGUUAUUUCUGUCAUUAAAUAAACAGCUUUGCCAUGAA